CGGCCGGGCACACGCUGGAUCGGGGUCCGGGGGUUGGCGGCGUUCCCGGCUCGGCCCCGCGCGUCGCUCCCAGCCAGCAGCGGGGGGGACGGCCGGCUCGGCCCCAAGCAUCGCCCCUGGCACACGGCCCCGGCAGCAAAGCCGUUGGCGGCGGCCGCAGGCUGCCCGAGCCCCGCGGGGGGGUGUGCCGGCUGCCGCUGGGCGAAAGCCGCCGCCGCCACAGGCAUCUGGAAGGUUCCAGCUUGUCCGUCCUCCCCCCGCCGCCCCGACCCUCUCCCCGCCGCCCUCCCGCCUUAUAAAUGCGGGCGGCAGCGCCCGGCGUGCGGCGGAGCGGAGGCGCCGGGGGCAGGGGCGAUGCUGGGGACCUGGCUGCUGCUCUGCGUGGGGCUGGCGCUGGGAUGCCGGGCCGAGACGGCUUUUCUCCGGCGUGCCGAUGACAGCACCGGGCGCUGCACCUACACCUUCACGGUAGCCAGCCCCAUGGAGGCUGCCUGCCCCGAUGCCGGUGGCGAGCCGGAGCUGCGGGCCGAGCUGGCCGCCCUGGCCGCCCGGCUGAGCCGGCUGGAGAGCCGGGAGCGGGGCGCGGGGGGCUCGGGGCCGCGGGGAGGGGAGGCGGGCGGGGCACGGGAGCCCCAGCCGGGAUUCCCGGCCGGUCGCCUGGAGGCCGCCUACAGCGAACUGCUGCGGGCCAAAACCCGGCUGGAGGAGGAGAAGGGGCGGCUGGAGCAGGAGAACGAGGAGCUGGGGAGGCGGCUGGAGAGCAGCGCCCAGGAGAUCGCCCGGCUGCGGGCCUCCCGCUGCCACCCUGGCGGAGGGGGGCCCGGCCGGGACACCCUGCGUGCCCCUGGCAAAGCCCCUCGCUGGGACCCACAGCCCCUCGCCUACCAGGAGCUGCAGUCGGAGAGGACAGAGGUUCCCGCAUCCCGGCUGCUGGAGGAGACUGGGCUCGGCCGCCCGGGGAGUGAAGAUUUGGGUACUGCCACUGGCUGUGGUGAGCUGGUGUGGGUAGGGGAGCCCGUUGUCUUCGGCCGGGCAGACUCCAUCGCCGGCAAGUACGGCGUGUGGAUGAAGGACCCUGAGCCCGUGCCCCCCUUCACACGGGAGACCACCUGGCGUGUGGACACAGUGGGCACGGAGGUCCGUCAGCUCUUCCAGUACGAGGCGGCUGAGCAGCUAGCCCAGGGCUACCCCACCAAGGUGCACAUCCUGCCACAGCCCCUGGAGAGCACCGGGGCCGUUGUCUACCGCGGCGGGCUCUUCUUCCAGCCGCGCCGCUCCCGCGCUGUGGCUCGCUACGACCUGCGGGGAGAGACCGUGACCGCUGAGAGGGAGAUCCCCGGUGCUGGCUACCACGGGCAGUACCCAUACUCCUGGGGGGGCUACACUGAUAUCGACCUGGCGGUGGAUGAGACCGGGCUCUGGGUGAUCUACAGCACCGAGAAGGCCAGGGGGGCCAUUGUCCUCUCCAAGCUGGACCCCGAGACACUGGAGAUCCGGCGGACCUGGGAGACCAAGAUCCGCAAGCGGGGGGUGGCCAACUCCUUUGUCAUCUGUGGCACCCUCUACACCGUUAGCAGCUACUCAGCACCGAACGCCACCAUCAACUUUGCCUAUGACACGGCCACCAGCACCAGCCGAGCCCUCAGCAUCCCCUUCGAGAACCGCUUCCGCUACCUCAGCAUGGUGGACUACAACCCCACUGAGCGGCAGCUCUUCGCCUGGGACAGCUUCAACAUGGUCACCUACCCCAUCCGCCUCUCCCAGGCAUGAGCUGAGGCCGGGGACAUACCGGCUCAGCCCCUGCGACACCCGUGCAUGCCUUGACACCCUGCUUUGCUCCCCAGCUCCUCCUGGCAUGGUCAGGAGCACCAGCUCAGACAACCCUGGGCAAUGGUGGGGGCCACAUGCUGACCAGCCGUGCUGCGAUGGGGCCCCAGUGUCCCUGCUGGCACCCCCAGUAUGAUCCAUCAGGUGCAGCAAAGAGAAGCUAAGUGCUUUUCUAGAGCUUGGUUGAGUCAACAAAACACCUCUCCCUGGCCUCAGUGGGUUUUGGAUGGGUCACAGCAGUACCCAGGCCUGAGCCACUCCAGCACCCUCCAGGAGCAUCUGGAGCACACCCCAGCCUGACCACCCCGAAUCUGGAGCAGGGAGGGCUCAGGUGCAGUGAAGGCCAGGCAGCUCAAAUGGUGGAGGUGGGGAGAGGCUGCCCCAUAAAGUCCCACCUAAAAAUAAAUACUUUCCAAGUUGCAAGCAGUGAUCCCCUUUGUGGGACUGGGGUUUGUAUUUCCAGGCUCGGGCUGAGCACAAGCAUCACUGAUGCCCCCCAGACUCCCUGGCAGCAGCAUCUUUGGGAAGGUCUCCCCAGCUCGGGCCAGCCUCAUGGAGAGCUGCAUCCACCUCCUAACUUCAGCCCCGCAGAGCUGAGCACCCCACAAACCCCACUGCAUCCCCCACUGCUGGUGCCUGGCGGCAUCUCAGAGCUCAGCUGCCUCCAGAAACCACCCAGCAGGAUCAAAUGCAGUGGGGAAAAUGGACACUCGCUGCACAAGCCUUGCUUUGUUGGAAAAAAAAAGCUAAGAGAGCAGUGAUGAGGAGUGCUGGCAGAGCAUCCCGCAGCUGAGCAGCCCCUGGGUGCACCCAGCCCAUCUUGGUCAUGUGCUUUGGUUUUACAGCCAUGCCCGGCCACUGUCACAGCACAGCAGCGCUCCCCACGCCAGGCCAAAACACACCUUUUAAACUAUUUAUUGUAGAAAGUUUGUAGGAGGCUUUUUCUGUCCCCCCACCAGUGUUGGCAACAGUGGCUGCAUCCCCAGGGGAUGCGCAGGAUCCCAGCCAAAUAAAUGUUGCCCACUGCCACUGCUUUGCACCUCGUCUUUCUGAGCCCAGGUUUUCCUAGGUGUUUGGUCAGCUGGAGGCCGUAGGGAUCUAAAGCCCUGGUGACCCCCUUGCUGCACUGACAGGCUGAAGGCACUGAGCAGGGAGCUAUAAAGCUUUGGCCAGGAACAUGCUAUAGUUUGUAGGCGACUGCUGCUAGGGUUGACCCCAGGAGCACCUUUAUUUAGCACGAAGAUGGGGCUGCGACACGCCCGCAACAUUGAAUGGGAAUAAAAGUCAAAGCUUCAGCACUAAA